AUUUUACAAAGCACGUUUUUUCAUAGCUGCUUUUCGUUUAAUUAGGUUAAAUAAUGUGUAGACAUUGACUCACUGUGUGAAGAUGAACUUUUUACUGUCAUUCAGAGUACAGAGAAUAGCUCAGCAGCUCAGGAGAGUACCAGAAUGUGUGUCCAGGGCAUUAGUUUCUACCCCAGAUCCCCCAGAGGAGAGGGAGUUGAGUGCAAGUGUCAGUGAGCAUAUAAAGAAGCAAGUUCUACAUGCAGGUCUGCACUACUUGUCUGAUGUAGAGACACUGAAACAGAAUAUGAACAACAGAAAGUUUGAUGUUGACUUAGAGAAACUAAUUGCACUUCAUGAUCUGUACAAGAUGCUUGUACACCGUCUGAAGGAAUCUCGUCACAAGAGAAAUACUGCAAGCAAGCAGUAUGUACAGCUCAAGAGUCCAGAGGAGAAAGCUGGAGUUGUCGGAUUGGGCUCACAGCUGAAACAGAAUAUCAGUUACCUCGAGAAUGAGAAGAAUACCCUUGAGAAUGACAUGCUCUCUCUCUUGUCUCUAAUCCCCAACUACUGCCACCCGGACACACCUGUUGGAGAGUACGAAGAUUCCAGAGUGUUGGAGCAUUGUGGAGAAAUGCCUGAGUUCAGUUUCGAUGUGAAAGGUCACAUUCAUCUCGGAAAAAACCUGGGAUUGUUUGACUUCCAAGCUGCAGCUGAGGCAUCCGGCAGUAGCUUCUACUACCUAGAGGGAGGUGCUGCACUACUGGAGAUUGCUCUCAUUCAGUUUGCCAUGCAAAAAGCCGUUGCCAAGGGCUAUCGACCUAUGAUUACACCGGAUGUGAUCAAGACAGACUUGGUUGAGGGGUGUGGUUUUAAUCCAAGGGGUGCUCACUCUCAGGUGUAUCAUGUGAGCUCUCACCAUAAUGGUGGCUCCACCCAGUGUCUCUCGGGGACUGCAGAGAUACCACUGGCAGGGAAGUAUAUGAAGAGUGUUCUUCCAUUGGACCAGCUACCUAUCAGACUGGUGGCCUUUGGGAGAUGCUUCAGAGCAGAGACAGGGGGCAAAGGUCACGGAUCCCGGGGCCUCUACAGAGUACACCAGUUUAGCAAGGUGGAGUUGUUUGGUCUCACGGCUCAGGAGGAGGGCUCUGAGAGUCAGCAGCUGCUGGAGGAGUUCCUCUCGCUUCAGAAGGACAUACUAUCUAGCUUGGGCCUGCAUUACAGAGUGCUCGAGAUGGCCACGGCUGAAUUGGGUGGGCCAGCCUAUCGCAAGUAUGAUAUAGAGGUCUGGAUGCCGGGACGUGGGGAGUACGGGGAGGUCACCAGCGCCUCAAAUUGUACCGACUAUCAGAGCAGGCGGCUUCUCACCUCCUAUCCUAACCCGGACAAACUCAGAGUACCGAAGAGGAAGUACGCACACACAGUGAACGGCACAGCCUGUGCUGUCCCAAGAACUAUAAUCGCCCUCUUAGAGAACUACCAGCAGGAGGAUGGGAGUGUGGUUCUGCCGGAAGUACUGAGACCAUUCCUACCCAAACACUAUUGGCAUCUAAAGCCGAAUGUUGGCUAAUACUUAUACACUGGACAUGUAACUAUAAUUUUAGUGUCAUAAUCAGUGUGGAUUAUAACGGUCGGCAUUCGGCUAUUUACCGAUCCAAGAACCUGAAUAACCGGUCAGUUUAGCUCUGGGCUGCCACAAUGACCUGCCAGUACUCGAGAUCUAGUUGCGCAUGCGCCCUAUGCAUGCUGAUUCAGCAAGCUAAUUAGUUGCUAUUGGAUGCUGAUUCAGCAAGCUAAAUAGCCACGUGCAGAUUAAGAAUAGUUUUUGUUGAUUGUAAAGUAGCUAGCUAUGCCCUCUAACCGUCACUCUUCUCAGCAUUUACCUGUCAAACAGCCUAAGAGACAAGUUUAUGUAGGAAGAGGCAAGUCCAUUGAACUGGAGAAAGAUCACCAAACACUAUACCAUGACUGUGUUGUGAAUCUGAGCAAAAGAAGCACAUCUAAACCAGUCCUGAUGAAGAUGAGUCAACCAUUUCACUGGCUGAAUACUUAUAGGAUGGUUCAAUGACUAAACUUUCACUUGUGCAUAUUAAUAAUUAGACUGUCAUAAUUAUAUCAUAAUUAUUUAUCAGAAUGAA